AUGCCUUCGCUUCAGCUGCUGCAAUUAACUGAGCAUGGCCGGAGUUUCAUGGCGUCGAGGAGGAAAACUUUACUACUUGCCACUGGUAUCGUGGUUGCUGGUGGGACUGCUGCAUACGUUCAAUCGCGGUUAAACCAUAAAAAGCAUGAUUCUCUUGGUUAUUAUAAUGGGCUGAAUGAUAAUGAAGAAACAACGGAGAAGGUCGUGAUGAAUGAUCAUAAGUUAAAGAAACCUCCACGAAAGAAAGGGGGAUUGAAGUCGCUUCAAGUUCUUGCUGCAAUUCUCUUAUCUGAGAUGGGCCAAAUGGGUGUGAGGGAUCUUUUAGCUUUAGUCUCUAUAGUGGUGUUGCGAACUGCUUUGAGCAACAGGCUAGCAAAAGUUCAAGGAUUUUUAUUCCGUGCAGCUUUCCUUCGACGCGUGCCAUUAUUUCUUCGACUGAUCUCUGAAAAUAUUUUAUUAUGUUUUCUUGUAUCAACCAUGCAUUCUACUUCAAAGUAUAUCACAGGGACCUUAAGUCUGCGGUUCAGAAAAAUAUUGACAAAACUUAUUCAUUCCCAUUAUUUUGAGAAUAUCGCAUACUACAAAAUGUCUCAUGUCGAUGGUCGGAUAACUAAUCCUGAACAAAGAAUUGCAAGUGAUGUGCCAAAGUUCUGUUCAGAGUUGAGUGAAAUUGUACAGGAUGAUUUGACAGCUGUCACUGAUGGUUUGCUUUAUACUUGGCGGCUGUGUUCUUACGCCAGUCCUAAAUAUGUUUUCUGGAUAUUGGCAUAUGUAAUAGGAGCAGGGGCCACGAUAAGAAAUUUUUCUCCUGCUUUUGGGAAACUAAUGUCCAAAGAACAACAAUUGGAAGGGGAGAGUACCGACAACUUCAUUCACGAUUAA